GUCUGCCAAUGGCAGCGCUGGGGGCCAUCCUCAGCAAUCAGGAGAUCACCAAGAACAACAGCAGUCCAAUCAGCAAGGAGAGCCAAUGCAGCUAUUCGACCAGCACGGACAACCUGUGCAUCUCCAGCAAUUUAACCAACAGCAACCUGCAAACCACCAGGAACAGCACGGAGAUAAGCAGGAACAGCACCAGCAAGAGCCACACAAGCAGGGCGAUGAACAACCCGAUGAUAAGACCGACCAUACAUCCGAUGCUUCCCAGCAACGCACGGCCAUCCACGCCGCCAUUAGCGGGCCCGGCGUGAUGCUGCACAACCGCUCCUCCAAGCCCGAAACGUACUUUUUCUUCGACAAUUACUGGAACGGCAACGGGACUGCCGGGGCCAACUUUGACCAUCCCAUGAAAUCCGUGCAUCUCGCUCCGCGCAUGUGCAAAUUCGUCAGUCUGCCCGAGAGCUUCAAGGGCCGUGUCCAGCGCGGCAACAUCCAACCCGCCACGUGGGUUGAAUUCCAGGUCAAAGCGAGCAACGACGGCGCCGCGCACGGCGACAUCUCGCUCGAGCAAGGCUGCGAUGGAGCUGCAACCAUCAGCUCGACGGAUGGGACGAAUCGCUCGAAUGGCUUCACUCAGGACAUUAUCAAGAACGCGCCUCCCGCGGCGGUCGUAGAAAGGACCGAACAUAACGGGUCGAAAACAAAAUGCAUCGCCUCCACAAUGGGCAACUGGUCCGCCGGCCCGAACCACGCCGCGGCAGAGUACGAGAAGCGCGUCGUCGGCCAGAAGAAGGCCUACAUUGCCGGCGGAACGGGCACGGAUGAUGUGGCCAGUCACAAUAUGUGUCUGCGAGUGGACUUUUACUAAGUCUAGCACCACCGUAUCAUCCCACUCCGUCUCGUCUAGUCUUGAGCUGAUGCUGAUCCUGGGCUGAUCCCUGCUUUAACUUUAUUUAUCUUUGCUGGAACCCGCGUCAC